GCAUAUCCGUUCCCGAUGAUAUUGAUGAGCAGAGCUCCCAAAGUUGCCAAGAUAGACAUGGCUACCUCUCUGAAAGAGUGUCCCGAGUUCAGUGCGUUGCAAUCACACUAUGAAGCUGUCUCCAAUCUCCAUAUGCGAAGCCUUUUUGAGAAGGAUCCCGGGAGAUUUGAUAAAUUCAGCGUGCAACUUGACACUCAAGAUGGUACCCUGUUGGUCGACUAUUCCAAAAAUAUUAUCACUGAGGAGACCAUGAAACUUCUUAUGAAUCUGGCAAAAGCUAGAGGAAUAGAAAGUGCACGUGAGAAGAUGUUUUCUGGAGAAAAAAUUAAUUUUACUGAGAACCGAGCAGUUCUCCAUAUAGCUCUUAGAAACCGUUCCAAUAAACCAAUUACUGUGGAUGGAAAGAAUGUAAUGGAUGAUGUGAAUGCAGUUCUUAACCAGAUGAGGAGCUUCACUGAGGCUGUAAGGAAUGGCACUUGGAAAGGUCAUACUGGAAAAACGAUAACAGAUGUUGUGAAUAUUGGAAUUGGAGGAUCAGACCUGGGACCACUGAUGGUGACUGAAGCCUUGAAACCUUAUGGCAAAAAAGGGCUCAGUGUCCAUUUUGUCUCCAAUAUUGAUGGAACUCACCUGGCCAAGACUGUGGCAACUCUCAAUCCAGAAACUACAUUGUUCAUUGUAGCAUCAAAGACAUUCACCACCAUAGAGACCAUUACAAAUGCAAAAUCAGCAAGGGACUGGUUGCUGAAAGAGUUGAAGGAUAAUUCAGCGGUAGCGAAGCAUUUCAUCGCUCUUUCUACAAAUGAGGUGGAAGUCACUAAAUUUGGAAUAGACAAGAAAAACAUGUUUGCAUUUUGGGAUUGGGUUGGAGGACGAUAUUCUCUUUGGUCUGCCAUUGGAAUGUCAAUUGCUGUUUACAUUGGAAUGGAUAACUUUGAAGCCCUUCUUGCUGGGGCUCAUGCUAUGGAUAAUCACUUUUGUUCCACUCCUUUGGAGAAAAAUAUUCCAGUAAUCCUGGGAAUGUUAGGAGUUUGGUACAACAACUUCUUUGGUGCUCAGACACAUGGCCUUUUUCCAUAUGAUCAGUACAUGCACCGUUUUGCAGCCUAUUUUCAGCAGGGUGACAUGGAAUCCAAUGGAAAGUAUGUCACACGUAGUGGUGCGCAUGUCAACUACUCCACCGGACCCAUUGUAUGGGGAGAGCCUGGGACUAACGGGCAACACGCAUUCUAUCAGCUUAUCCAUCAAGGAACAAAGAUUAUUCCAGCAGAUUUCUUGGCUCCUGUUGAGACUCAGAAUCCUAUAAGUGGUGGAUUGCAUCACAAGAUUCUUUUGGCUAAUUUUCUGGCUCAACCAGAAGCUCUAAUGAAAGGGAAGACAAGCGACGAGGCUCGUGCUGAGCUGGAGAAGAGUGGAAAGUCUGGAGAUACAUUGGAGAAGAUUUUACCCCACAAGGUGUUUAUGGGUAACAAACCCACUAAUUCCAUUCUGUUCCAAAAACUUACUCCAUUCAUUCUUGGUGCCUUGCUUGCCAUGUAUGAACACAAGAUAUUUUGUCAGGGAGUAGUCUGGGAUAUAAACUCCUUUGACCAGUGGGGAGUUGAAUUAGGCAAACAGCUUGCUAAAGCAAUUCAGCCGGAGUUGGAGGGCCCUGAACCAGUGACGUCACACGAUUCUUCAACAAAUGGGCUUAUUAACUACAUAAAAAAACACUCCACCAAGUAAUGCUGGCUUGGAAGGAAUGUCAGCAAGGGCUCAAUUGUUUGUAUUUAAGUUGCAGUUAGCGAUGGAGAAUGUCAUGCAUGAAAUUUUUAUGAACCUGCAAAGUAAAUAACGUGAAUCUUAAAAUAAUUGCUCAAAGCACUGCAGUAGCUAUCUCAAUGGUGUAGUCGCUGGACCACGCGUCUCACUUCGUCCACUUUGUUUGCAUGUUCAAUUCAGUUUUAGCGCGAGUUUUGAGUGGUGCCUCGAGGCUUCUGGUAGAUCACAAGGGACAAGACACAGGAACUUCUCAGCAAGUUUCAACAUAUUCAUUGAUAGAUUACGAGUGGACACUAUAGUUGACGUGUAAACUAGGCAAGUUAUAUAAUUUUGGCGAAGCCGUUGAAGCCUACAAGGUGUGGAAAGUUGCAACGUAUAAGUUGUAAAAUAAAAAAAAAUGAGACUCUAAAGUUUCGUAAAGUACUUAAAGUUGUUAUUUCUGUUAGACCGCAAAUA